AAAGCUGACCCUGGACAGGGACCGCCACCACACACUCCCUGUGACUUUUAGUGGAUUUACAGGUCACUGAGCAGCACUGCGAACAUGGUGAAAUACUUUUCAGUGGACUGGCUGGCCCAGAGCCAUCACCACACCACGGCGGCCGAGGAGCGUGGAGCUGGCACGGACACUGCGCCGACCUGCAGACCCCAUAUUCCCUGCAUGGUGCAGCCGCGGCCGCCGACUUUUGGCAAGGGUUACCUGCAGCCAAAACCCAAAGCGUCGAAGCUUGCUGAACAUCUGGAGCAAGUGGAGAGCAGCGGGCAGGACUCCAGCCUAUGUUCACCUUCUCAUCCAACAAGUUGCGCCUCACCAAUUUCAGAAAUCAGCGGGUAUUCAUCCGGAUACGAGAGCGAGGCGGCUUCCUCUGAGUGUCCUUCUGUAGAUGAGGGAAGUGACAUGGAGAAAGACGGACCUCAGCGCCGCGUGCGCACCAAGUUCACCCCCGAGCAGAUCAACAAACUGGAAAUCAUCUUCACUAAGCACAAAUAUCUGGAUGCAGGAGAGAGAGUGAAAACAGCGCAGAAGCUGAACCUCACAGAAACUCAGGUGAGAACCUGGUUCCAGAACAGGAGGAUGAAGCUGAAACGGGAGGUGCAGGACUACCUCGCCCCUCAAAUGCCACCCGUGAUGUUCCAGCCUCUACCCCCGGUUCAGUACCACAGCGUGGCUGGACAGCGACCCCAUUACCCUGCUACCAACCCGGCCUUUUACCCGCUCCCAGUCCCGCAGCUGGUCCAGAUGCCGCCUCACCACCCUCAACAUGUCAUGAUCCACAACCCACGUUUCUACUGA